AUGAGGAUCACAGAAAUCAUUAUUGACGGCUUCAAAUCGUACGCUGUGCGUACGGUGAUUUCAGGAUGGGAUGAGUCGUUCAACUCAAUCACUGGCCUUAACGGCAGUGGUAAAUCGAAUAUCCUCGACGCUAUUUGUUUCGUCCUCGGUAUCACGAAUAUGAGCACAGUCCGCGCGCAAAAUCUUCAAGAUCUUAUAUACAAGCGCGGUCAGGCCGGUGUGACCAAAGCGAGCGUGACAAUUGUUUUCGACAAUAGGGAUACCGCGAAAUCGCCGAUCGGAUUCGAAGAAUAUGCGACCAUCUCAGUUACGCGCCAGAUCGUUCUCGGCGGAACCAGCAAAUACCUCAUCAAUGGCCACCGUGCGCAACAACAAACCGUACAGAAUUUGUUCCAGAGUGUGCAGCUGAAUAUCAACAACCCGAAUUUCUUGAUUAUGCAGGGUCGGAUUACGAAGGUGCUGAACAUGAAGGCGGUGGAAAUUCUGUCCAUGAUUGAGGAGGCGGCUGGAACAAGGAUGUUCGAGGAUAGGCGGGAGAAGGCGGCGAAGACCAUGGCCAAGAAGGACUUGAAAUUACACGAAAUCGAGGGCCUAUUGAAGGAAGAGAUUGAGCCAAAGCUCGAAAAACUCAGGGCUGAGAAGCGAGCAUUCCUUGAUUUCCAGCAGACACAAAAUGACUUGGAGCGCCUGACCCGACUUGUUGUUGCACACGACUAUCUUAGGAGCGGCGACCGUCUCCGGGCUUCUGGAGAGGAGUGCGAGAAAAAGAAGCAAAAGAUCCAGGCGCUGGAGGAUAAUGCGUCAAAACUCAAGAGCGAAAUUGCGCACAUGGAGGAGGAUGUGAAGCGGGUCAAAGCGGCUCGGGAUAAGGAGCUGCGCAAAGGAGGCAAAUUCCAGGCUCUUGAGGACGAGGUCAAGGCCCAUUCCCAUGAACUUGUUCGUUUGACGACUGUAUUCGACUUGAAGAACGCAAGUAUCGAAGAAGAGAAAGAAAAGGGCAAGGAGCUGCAGAAGUCGGUGAAGGACCUUGAGAAAGCGCUCAAGGACAAGAAGAAGAUUUACGAUAAACUCCAGGCACAGUACGAUGCGGCCAAGGCGGAGCUUGAUGCUCAGACAGCAGAGGUCGAACAGAAGGAGGAGUUACUUCAGACAUUGCAAACCGGUGUCGCUUCGAAAGAAGGCCAAGAGAGCGGUUACCAGGGUCAAUUACAGGACGCGCGAAACCGUGCGAGCAACGCCGCUACAGAGCAAGAGCAGGCAAAGCUCAAGAUUGCGCAUUUGGAGAAAAGGAUCAAGGAGGAGGAGCCGAGGGCGAAGAAGGCGAAGGAGCAGAAUUCGGGACUUCUGAAGGAACUUGAAGGCCUCAAGAGUCAAGCCAAGAAGUUAGAAUCCGAGCUGUCGAGGCUCGGCUUUGAGCCUGGCCGUGAGGAACAGCUAUAUCAAGAACAGGCCGGGCUCCAGAAGGAGAUUCGGGAGCUACGGCAAAGGGCCGAUGGUCUCCAGAGGAAGGUUGCCAACAUCGAGUUCAACUACUCCGACCCAUACCCCAACUUUGACAGAUCUAAAGUCAAGGGUCUGGUUGCGCAGCUUUUCACUGUUGACAAGGAGAAGCUCCAGGCUGCCACCGCUCUAGAAAUCUGCGCCGGUGGUCGUUUGUACAACGUUGUUGUGGACACGUCUGAUACCGGUACGCAGCUGCUGCAAAAAGGAAAGCUUCGCAAGCGUGUCACCAUUAUCCCCCUUAACAAGAUCUCUGCUUUUAAGGCGUCUGCGGAGAAGAUUGGGGCAGCCCAAAACAUCGCCCCAGGCAAGGUUGACCUAGCUUUGUCGCUUAUUGGAUAUGAUGAGGAAGUCACUUCGGCCAUGAACUACGUUUUCGGCAACACUCUGAUAUCGAACGAUGCAGAGACAGCGAAAAAGGUGACCUUUGAUCCCGCUGUUCGUAUCAAGAGCGUGACUCUAGAUGGUGAUGUCUAUGAUCCAUCCGGUACACUCUCCGGUGGUAGCGCGCCUAACUCUAGCGGCAUGCUUGUAACCCUGCAAAAACUCAACGAAAUCACAAGAGAGAUCAGGAGCAAAGAGCGAGUUUUGGCUACACUGGAAGAGACGAUGAAGAAGGAGAAGAAGAAGCUUGAUGCUGUCCGCUCUAUCAAACAAGACUUGGAUCUGAAGAACCACGAGAUCAAGCUCACAGAGGAACAAAUUGGUGGCAACUCAUCAUCAUCGAUCAUUCAAGCUGUUGAAGAGAUGAAAGCGAACAUCGAACAGCUGAAGCAAAACAUCUCUGACGCCAAGGUGCGCCAGAGCGAGGCAUCCAAGGAUAUUAAACGGAUAGAGAAAGAUAUGAGUGAGUUCAAUGACAACAAGGACAGCAAGCUCGAAGAACUUCAGACUACUCUGAACUCUCUGAAGAAGAGUCUGUCCAAGAACUCGACGUCAGUGAAGAACUUGCACAAGGAACUCCAGGCCUCGAGGCUCGAGUCGGAGCAGGUCGGAAGUGAUCUGUCUGCAGCAGAGGAGCAACAUGCUGAAAGCGAGAACACACUGAAGGCGCAGCUUGAGGAGGUGGAUUCGCUGAAGAAAGAGCAGACUCGGAUCAAGGACGCUCACGAUAUCGCGCAAGCACAUCUCGACGACGAGAGGGCGAAACUGACUGGCUUUGACGACGAGCUCCGAGAUCUGGACCGAACGAUGCAGUCCAAGAACUCACAGAUUACUGAGGAGGGGUUGGAUAUGCAGAAGCUUGGACACCAGCUGGAAAAGCUGCAGAAAGAGCAAAGCGCUGCUGAACAGGCAGUGGCCCACCUUGAAGAAGAGCACGAGUGGAUUGCGGAUGAGAAGGAUAACUUUGGGCGUCCCAACACCCCAUACGACUUCAAGAACCAGAACAUCGCCGAGUGCAAGGCUACGCUGCGCAACGUCACGGAACGGUUCCAGGGCAUGAAGAAGAAGAUCAACCCCAAGGUCAUGAAUAUGAUUGACAGCGUUGAGAAGAAGGAAGCUGCCCUGAAGAACAUGAUGAGGACUGUCAUUCGUGAUAAGAGCAAGAUUGAGGAGACAAUUAUCAACCUUAAUGAAUACAAGAAGGAGGCUCUGCACAAGACAUGGACCAAGGUCAACGCCGACUUCGGCCAAAUCUUCUCGGAGCUCCUGCCGGGCAGUUUCGCCAAGUUGGAUCCUCCCGAGGGCAAGGAUAUCACCGACGGUCUCGAGGUCAAGGUGUCUCUGGGUAAGGUCUGGAAGCAGAGCUUGACAGAACUGAGUGGUGGUCAGCGGUCUCUCAUUGCCCUCUCCCUGAUCAUGGCCCUCCUGCAAUUCAAGCCGGCACCAAUGUACAUUCUCGACGAAGUUGACGCCGCCCUGGACUUGUCACACACGCAGAACAUCGGUCGUCUGAUCAAGACCCGUUUCAAGGGAUCACAAUUCAUCGUCGUCUCGCUGAAGGAUGGCAUGUUCCAGAACGCGAAUCGGAUCUUCCGGACAAGAUUCAGCGAAGGUACGAGUGUUGUACAGGCCCUCACCCCGGCGGACUUGAGGUAG